GAGAGAAGCUCUACUGAUCACUUAUUCAACCUUACAUUUCAAUCCGUUCAUUUCCACUUCAACUCAGCAGCCUCUUGCAGCCCCUUUGAAAGGUCUUCAAUUUCGAUCAUCUUGUAUUUUGUGGCCCUCGCCGACCUUCCGGCCUGUUUCCCACGAUGGGUGAUCCUCAGUAUCUCAAGUAUCCCGACCUCUCAUUGUCGCAACAUAUCUUCACCCUCACGAACCCUUCCGCGUCGAAGUCGUCUCAGCAGACAUCUCUGAAUACUCUACAAGAUGUUAUCAAGGAACAUAAGAUGGCUCCGCUCUACCGCCAUCUCGCUCAUCCGGUCAACGGUGUUCUGAACGCUACGGGCGAGGGCGGAGCUCAAAAGUCAACGAGCUUUGGACCGAAGAAGAUUGGAGGUGCUGCCAAUUUGGUAGCCACCAAAAAGUCUUCAAAUAAGAUUUCUCUCACAUGGGAUGAGGACCUCUAUGAAGAGCUCAGGGCGGAGAACGAAAAGGAGCUUGAAAGCAUUCAAAAGGAAGAAGAGGAAGCUGAGGAAAGCGCCGGAGAGGUGGAAGUUCUGACCGCACAAGGCAACCGAGCUGAGUUUUAUGCCCGGAUAGGAGAGAAGGACAAAGCUAUUUCGUCAUACGAAGCCCUGCUCGAAAAGACGUCUACCCUCGGAGUCAAGAUCGAUCUCGUUCUUGCCAUCGUCCGCAUGGGCCUUUUCUUUGCGGACAAGACCCUGGUGAAGAAGAAUAUCGAUAGAGCGACGAACCUGGUUGAGAGCGGCGGUGAUUGGGAUCGCCGAAACCGAUUAAAAGCCUACCACGGCCUUUACCUUCUCACCGUCCGAUCAUACAACCUCGCCGCUCCUCUUCUGCUGGACAGUCUUUCGACAUUUACUAGUUAUGAGCUUUGCGGAUACUCGUCGCUUGUUGUCUAUGCCGUACUCGCCGGUUCGGUGUCGUUGAAGCGUGUGGACUUCAAGUCCAAGGUUGUCGAUGCUCCGGAGAUUAAGGCUAUUUUGGGCGAGGGAGAGGAUCGUCUUUCGGCCUUGACCGGCGCUGUCUCUGCUGGUGCUGGUGCUGGAGACGAAGAGAUGAAGGACGUGACCACUGCAACCCCUGGACACGCCUCCACUGCCGUUAACCUCACCACGCUUGGCCAGUCUAUCGAGGGUCAGCUGGAUGUGGAGGCACCGAUCGACUUCUCACCCUUGGCGAACCUGGUCAACAGUCUGUACACUGGAAACUACCGCUCCUUCUUUGUCGCUCUCGCAGCUGUGGAGGAGAACUUUUUGAGCCAAGACAGGUACCUCUACGAGCACCGCGGAUGGUUCGUUCGGGAAAUGCGUCUUCGAGGCUACCAGCAGCUAUUGCAGAGUUACCGAGUUGUUGGUCUUUCAAGCAUGGCAAACGACUUUGGCGUCUCGAUUGACUAUCUCGACCGCGACCUUGCCAAGUUUAUUGCCGCAGACCGCAUCGCCUGCACAAUUGACCGUGUCAACGGCAUCAUUGAGACCAACCGACCAGACGACAAGAACAAGCAGUAUAACGAUGUGGUCAGACAAGGAGAUUCUCUCAUCACCAAGCUCCAAAAGUAUGGUCAAGCAGUCAGAUUACGAGGAAGCGAGAGAGUAUAGAUUCACAUCCCUGGGGAAGCAUCUCAUCAUAUGUCAAUGGAGAAACGCAUAAGGUUGCAGCGGAUUGUAUUUUAAUUGCUAGCUAGCAUUAGAAAUAGUAUAUGAAGUUCAAUACUAAGUCAUUCCAAC